ACACACACACACACUCUCUCUCUCUCUCUCUCUGUCUCUCUCUCACACACACACACACACACACACACACACACAUGAGUUUGCACGCGCGUCUCCAUCAUGUUUAAUCUUGAUUCUCUGUGUGUGAUCGUGUUGCUGGUUUCCAGCGCGUCCAGAGCUGAUGAAGGUGCUGCUGAUGAUGAUGAUGAUGAAGGUCUGAAAGCACACCCAGUGUCUGACUUCGUCACGUUGGCGGAGCUCGGCACCGUGCGCUCGGCGUGUAAACCGGUUCCGAACACGAUGGGUCUGUGUUUCGGGAUCGGUUACGGAGAGAUGCGCCUCCCGAACCUGCUGGGUCACGACAGCGCGAGGGAAGCGCAGCAGCAGUCCGCCGCCUGGAUGCCUCUGCUCGGCAAGCACUGUCACCCGGACACGCGGCGCUUCCUCUGCUCGCUCUUCGCACCCGUGUGUUUACCGGGGGUCAAGGCUCCGGUGCGCCCGUGUCGGGGUCUCUGUGAGGCGGUGCGGGACGCGUGUCUGCCCGUCAUGAGCGCGUUCGGGUUUCCGUGGCCGGAGAUGUUCAACUGCAGCCGGUUUCCAGAUGGAUCGGAGCUCUGCAUCCCCGGAGAAAGAGACCCGAGCCGAGGUGAAGCCCCCGACGCGAUCAGAGGUUCUGCCGUGUGUGAAGUCUGCAGUCCAGACUCAGGAGGAGAGCAGGAGAUCCAGCAGGACUUCUGCAAGAGUCAGUUUGCGUUCAGACUGCGGAUCGGCUCCUGGUCUCUGGUCGGGACAGAUGUGCGUGUGGUUCCUCAGGGACGCAGUCGUGUUCUCCGCUGGGCCGGUGGGCCACGGGCUGCGAUCGAGCAGAGCUCCCUCUGGCUUCCACACAGAUGCUCCUGUCCUGCGCUGGAGGGCCAGCACACGGGCUCCUACCUCGCCCUGGGUCACAUGCAGAGCGGACGCAUGCUCCUCAGAAGACUCCUCAAAUGGUCCCGCGAUGAGAAAGAGCUGAAAAAGUUCAUCAGGACGCUGCUGAGACAAAACUGCUGAGACACGAUUAAUGGACAAAUGAAACAGAAUCUUUAAAAUGAUCAGUUCUUCUGUGCCUUUUGAGAAAAUGGAAAUCAUUGUUUAUUAAAGAAAAAUAGCCCUGUUACCCACUCAACCAUUAUGAAAAUGAAAAUAAUAAUAAAAAUAAUUGAACAGGUCAUAUACUGGUUGUAUUCUCAAUUUCUCAGUUUUGCAAAAUUAUGUAAAAUCCCUGGACUGAUGCCUUAUUUUUUUUAAUUUUUUUUUUACAAUUUCAUAUAUUGCAUUGCCUUUUAAUCUAUUGAGAGUUAGUAGAUGGGAAAAGCAUUCUUGCAUUUAAAAAUGUCUAUGUUUUUACUGAGUUUUAUAUUGACUGUGAUGAAUGUAUUACAUCUAAUAUGUUUAUUUGUAAUUAAAGAAUAGU